AUGGAGCCCGUGACCAAGUGGAGCCCCAAACAAGUGGUGGACUGGACUAGAGGGCUGGAUGACUGCUUGCAGCAGUACGUCAACAAGUUCGAGCGGGAGAAGAUUGAUGGGGAGCAGCUGCUGCAGAUUUCCCACCAGGAUCUCGAGGAGCUGGGUGUCACACGCAUCGGGCACCAGGAGCUCGUGCUGGAAGCUGUUGACCUCCUCUGUGCGCUGAACUAUGGCCUGGAGACAGAUAAUAUGAAGAACUUGGUUCUGAAGCUGCGAGCGUCUUCCCUCAAUUUACAGAAUUACAUAAGUAGUCGGCGGAAGAGUCCCUCGUACGAUGGGAGCACCUCUCACAGGCCGUGCAAUGAGUUCCUGACGUCUGUGGUGGAGCUCAUCGGGGCUGCUAAGGCCUUGCUGGCUUGGCUGGACCGGGCUCCGUUUACCGGGAUCACUGAUUUCUCUGUCACGAAGAACAAAAUCAUCCAGCUUUGCUUGGAUCUGACUAGUACCGUCCAGAAGGAUUGCCUUGUGGUGGAAAUGGAGGAUAAAGUUUUAACCGUGGUCAAGGUUUUAAGUGGCAUCUGUGACAAAACCAUCCGGUCUACGACAGAUCCUCUCUUGAGCCAGUGUGCGUGCUUGGAAGAAGUCCGUCUGCCUAACGUUAAACCUGGGGAAGGCCUGGGCAUGUACAUCAAGUCAACCUAUGAUGGAUUGCAUGUGAUUACUGGGACCACAGAAAAUUCUCCUGCAGACCGAUCUCAGAAGAUCCAUGCUGGUGAUGAAGUUAUUCAAGUUAAUCAGCAAACUGUGGUGGGAUGGCAACUAAAGAACCUGGUGAAAAAAUUGAGAGAGAACCCUACGGGAGUUGUACUAUUGCUUAAGAAGCGCCCUGCAGGUUCCUUCAACUUCACUCCCGCUCCGCUGAAAAACCUGCGAUGGAAGCCACCACUUGUGCAGACCUCUCCUCCACCCACGACAACCCAAUCCCCCGGGAGUACCAUGGAUACCUCGCUGAAGAAGGAGAAGCCAGCCAUCUUGGAUCUAUACAUCCCUCCUCCACCUUCUGUGCCCUACUCACCCCGGGAUGAGAAGGGGAGCUGUGUUUAUGGAGGACUUAGUAAGUCCAAGCAGCCAUCGUCUGGCCCCAAGAGAUCAGAGUCCCCAAAUUCCUUCCUUGACCAGGAGAACCGAAGACGAAGAUUUACCAUUGCUGAUUCUGACCCACUGCCUGGGUAUUCAGUGGAAACCAGUGUUCUGCCCACAAAAAUGAGAGAGAAAACCCCAUCUUAUGGUAAGCCUCGGCCUCUGUCCAUGCCUGCGGACGGGAGCUGGAUGGGGAUCGUGGACCCUUUUGCUAGACCUCGAGGCCACGGGAGGAAAGGUGAGGACGCCCUCUGUCGGUACUUCAGCAAUGAGCGGAUCCCUCCUAUUGUUGAAGAAAGCGCCUCUCCCCACUACCGUUUCUCCAGACCCUCUGCAGAGAGGCAUCUUGUUCGAGGUGCCGACUAUAUCCGAGGCAGCCGAUGCUACAUCAAUUCAGACCUCCACAGCAGCGCCACGAUUCCAUUCCAGGAGGACGGGACCAGAAAGAAAGCCACUUCCUCCUCCUCCAAGUCGUCCUCCACAGAGCCCUCACUGCUGGUCAGCUGGUUUACUAGGCUCAAACUUUUGACUCACUGA